CCAAAUCCAAGUUCUUGCACAGAUUCCAGUACCUUCCGAAAUUUAAUUCAUUUCUUUGUGGGCUAGCAGCGACGGCUUGGUAGCAGUGGUGGAGCUUAUCCGAUUUCUGCACCUCUCCAAUCGAGUCGCAAUGAAUAAUCAAGGCUUGAAUGGUAUCCAAGCCGAUCUGGAUCAGUUAGACCUAAAUGAUGAGGAGACUGGGAUCUCGUUCGGAUCGGAUGGGUCUCUAGUUCUGCAGGAGGUUCAAGACGAAUCAUUUACCUUGGUUGGAAGACUUUUGACGGAUAAACCAUACAAAUUUGAAGUGUUCAAACAGGUGAUGGCAUCUGUCUGGAGGCCGGCGCUGGGAAUGCAGAUUAAUCAGGGGGAGGAUGGCUUGAUUUGGUUCCGUUUCUUUCAUAGAAAAGACGCUGAGCGUAUUUUGUCUGAAGGACCGUGGGCCUUUGAUAAUGCAACGCUUCUUUGUUGUGCCCCUGUUUCAGGCGAUGAGGUAAGGGCUUCGCACCUGAAUUGGCUGGAAGUAUGGGUUCAGGUACACGGUUUACCUUAUGGCUACAUGAGCAAUGCGGUACUAGAGGCGAUUGGUAACUUCUUAGGGGUCUUUGUGAAAUUGGAUGAGAAGAACGCUACUCACAUCCCGCAGAGCUUCCGAAGAAUCCGGGUGAGAAUUGAUGUGCGUCGCCCAUUGAAAUUUUGCCCUGAUUUUCCAGUCUCGUUCCUCAUUGACCACUCCAUUGAGUUGUGGAGUGAGAGUUUUGGCCUAUGAUGCUAUGCAUUGAAAAGAUAAAGGGUGUUUCGAGUUCGCAAAGAUAGAGAGUGUUAAAGGGAUAGUCCCGAAGUGGAUUUCUUGCAACUGCAAGUACCAAGUGCAGGCUCCAGUCACUGCCACACGGGGCUCAUCCUUUUUGAGAAUAUAAUAAGCAGCAGGCAGGUUG